CAUUUCUUCGUAGGACCCUCGCUUUCGUAUUCCCGCCACCAGAAACACAGGAAGUCUCACUCGAAGCUUCAACGCCGCCCACGCCACCAUGUCGCCGUCCCAGUCCACCUCGUAUGCCUCGGGCCAGCAGGCGCCAAAGUGGCCCGCAGACAAGCCGCUAGCGCUCCAAAUCAACCAUUUCUCUCCCGUCCGCGAGGGCCACCCGCCCCCGGGCACGGUCCCAGACGAGAUUGUGGCCGAGGGCGAGGAGAGGCCGCUGCUCUUUCAUUCGGUUCAGCUGCCCGUGUCGAGGCUGACGCUCAAGAAUGCCAUCGUGGUCAGUCCCAUGUGCCAGUACUCGGUCGUGGACGGCUAUCCCUCGCCCUACCACCUGGCCCACCUGGGCUCGUUUGCCCUUCACGGCGCCGGCACCAUCAUGGUCGAGGCUUCUGGCGUCACAUCAGCCGGCAGGAUCACGCCACAGGAUCUGGGCAUCUACAAGGACGACCACAUUCCUGCCCACACCUCUCUCGUCAGCGCGUUGAAAUCGUUCACCGAAGGUCUCACUGUGGGUGUCCAGCUGGCCCACGCCGGGCGAAAGGCUUCGACGUGGUCGCCAUUCCACCGCGGCGAGCGCAAAGUCAAGGAGUACGUCACCGACGAGGAGGGCGGCUGGACAAAGGAAGUCGUGGCGCCCAGCGCCUUGGCGUGGGGAAAGGGCUGGAUCACGCCGCGCGCACUCUCCACGGCUGAGGUCAAGGAGGUGCAGAAGCAGUUUGUCGAUGCUGCUGCUCGCGCCUUUGAGUCGGGCUACGACUUUGUCGAGCUCCACGCCGCCCACGGCUAUCUGCUCCACAGCUUCCUCAGCCCGCUCUCCAACCAGCGCACCGACGAGUACGGCGGCUCGUUUGAGAACCGGUCACGGCUGCUCAUCGACACGGCAAAGGAGAUCCGCGCAAAGUUUCCCGAGAGGAGCCUCUGGGUUCGCGUGAGCGCAACCGACUACGCCGAGCAUGUUCAUGCCGAGGGAAAGCAGUCGUGGGACAUUGAGCAGACAAAGCAGCUCCACAAGGUGCUCAGCCAGGUCGGCGUCGACGUUCUCGACGUCAGUGGUGGUGGCCUCGUCGAGUUCCAGAAGAUCUCGCCUCGUCCAGCGUACCAGCUCCCUUACGCCCAUGAGCUCUCCAAGAACAAGCUCGCGAGCCCGCUCUUGGGCACUGUCGGCAUCAUGGAGGGCGACGAGUACCCGGGUCAGGUGGCAGAAAAGGCCCUCGAGGACGGCGACGCCUCGCUCGUCUUCUUUGCCCGCGGCUUGUUGGCCAACCCUGCCUGGCCCGAAUUCGCCGGCGCCAACCUCCUGGGCGUCCGGCCGGCGGGCAACCCGCAGUACCACCGUGUCCACCCCGUCAAGCCGGGCGAGACAAAGGGGAAGAAGGCCCCUUCGACGGCCCAGAACCACAACUAGAGCCUAGCCUUGAAUUGUUGUAAAUGCUAGAUCAUUCGUCUUGUCUGAGAAUCUCGAUGGAGU